ACAGGCGCGAUACUUGGAUACCGACGAUACUAGCUAACUCGACAGUCGUUUUCACCCUUCUCCCAGCCGAAGAGGGGAUAAGUAUUGUGUUUGGGAGGUUUUAAAAUGACAUUGUGUCGUACCUUGGUUGAACUAUUUUAGCUGCAACUUAAGCUGCGAAAAUUGGUUACAGGCAAUGCAGACUAACCGUGGAAGACGAGAUCCACUAAAGCCCAGCAAUGCAGGUAGAGCUAAUAGCAAAGAGUUAAUAGGUGGUGGUGAAAUCAAACAAACCCGCAAAGUUGUCCUUCGAAGACCUCCUUAUAGAGUUGGAUACAGCUGGAACAAGGGUGGAAAACCAAAGGAACUGAGAAUAAGGUGCCACCAUGGUAGAGUGGUCCUGUUACGAGCAUUUGCAGGCUGGAGAGAUGAGUGGUGGACGACCAGGAGGGAGUGGACCCCUACCGUUCAGGCCAAAUGUCAUUACAGGUAUAAUCUCUGUAACAGGACCUUUCAUACCUGGAAAAUGGAUGUGUGCUUUCAGAAGGAGAAGAGGAGGAAAGCCCAGUAUGCCCAGUGCUAUGCUGAUGUACAAAAGGUGCUUCUUGUUUGGGAUCACUGGGAAGUCUUCUUAGAGAUGAGGCGAAUGAAGGGCAGAAUACUUAAAUCUGCACUUCAGCAGAAGAGAAUCACAGCACUACGUUUAGUGUGGAACUUGUGGCAGACUAAGCUGCGGCAGCGUUUUGAUAUGUAUGCUUUGGAGGACCAGGCCCUACAGCAGUGGGCAUUGACUUUACAGAGAAGGGCAUGGCUUCAGUUGAAAGAGCUACACAUAGUUGCCUGCUGUCAGAGAGAGAAAGAAGUUAAGGUUACACUUCACUUCAUUCGUGGCCAACAAAGAAAGGCAUGGUGUCGACGGAAAAGUUAUGUACGCCUCCGCCAAGCUAAGAAAAAGCUACGAGCUGCAGCUAUGCAUGUAUGGAAUCUCAGAUUGGUUUCAACAUGUUUAAGUAAUUGGUGCAGGGAAUUAAAUAGCAAACAAAGAGAGGAGAAUCAAUGGCAAGCUCCAGAACAUUUGGCUAAAAGGAACAUCCAGUGCAGAACUGUGGACAACUGGAAAACUUACCUAAAUUUGCGCAGGCAAAGUGAUGAGAGACACCAGAUGGCAAUUCAACACAGAUGUUGUCGUUUACUGCACGUUGGAUCACGGGGCCUAUCUCUUAAUGCCACAUGGAGCAAAGUGCAUCGAAUGAACAAGAACGUGGCUGUGCAGCAUUAUUGUCAAACUACAACAAAAAAAUACUGUAAUCUCUGGUGGGACCAUUUAGAAGAGGUUGAAGACAAGUCACGUCAUCCACAAAUGACAAUUGCACUGUCCCACUACAGCCCUUCAUUGUUGAGUAGUCUUUUCCAUCACUGGAAGGUGAAGCAUGCUGAGCAAAGAUACAUGAAGGGACUGUUGCAUCAUGCAGAUGUCUGGUUUGCUGAACACAUACUGCCAAAGUAUCUGACCUCCUGGGUUGAAUUUACACUGCAGAGAAGACUGCAGAGGGAAAGAAGAGAGAAGGCAGAACUCUACAAUCGGCAGCGUCAGUACAUUUGGGUAUUCUACACCUGGCGGGGACACUCGGAAAAGAGGAAGGAGCGGAGACUGAUGAGCCGGAUGGCCAUUCUUCACGAGGAGCGGCAGUGUCUACGUAGAACCUGGACUCUCUGGAGGCAACGAACGCAACAGCAAAUUGAUGAGAGACAGAAACAGAGUGCAUCAGACAAUCUCUAUGUGCACCAGCUCCUUCAUAGGACAUUGAAACGAUGGAAGGAGAAUGUCACUGAGAUACAGGACAGGAGAAACCGAGAAGAGCAGGUGUGUCGACAUAGAGACCUGCGCUGCAUGAAAUGGGCGAUGGACAGCUGGCAAAAGCUUGUUCAAAGCCAAAGGGAGGAGAACAGCAGGGUAGAUGAGAUGCAUCACCACCAUGAAGUCAAGCUUCUCAAGUGCACUCUUCAGGCCUGGAAGGAUCUCCACCUGCAGACGGCGCAGAUAUAUGGCCAGGCAGAGGAGCGCUACAGACUAAAACGGCAGCAAUUUCUGAGGAUGACUCUAGGUGUGUGGAUAGAGAACGCCAUGCAUCUGAAAGAAGCCGAGGUCAGAGAGCAGAUAGCACGGAGUCACUUCCAGCGCUGCGCUCAGUUCGAGGUGUUCCUUGCAUGGAGACGAGCUGCGUCAAAUGCAGUGUCAAAACGCCACCAACAGGGGGAAGCACUGACCGGGGCUCAGAGUCACCUAAAUCAGGGACGGCUCCAUGGGACUUCCAGACGAUGGAGGGAGGAAACAAGAGAGGCUGUGAAGGAGAGGAUGAGCAUGGAAAAGGCCAGACAGCACCACAGAUCCAAAAUCCUUCCACGAGUUUUAAACGCAUGGAAACAGCAUCACCAAAAAUACCAGAAAUAUGAACUGCAGCACAGGAGGGAAGAGGCUGAGCAGACGGAGCGAGCCCUUUGGCACUGGUCCCUUGGUCUACAGGCCAAGGUUUUGUAUGCAUGGAGGACGUGGGUCACAGAGAGGCUUAGGAAGCAAGACCGUCUGACCAGAGCGGCACGCUUCUACAGAGACCAACUGCUUAGAGAGGGAGUGACACACAUCCUCACAUACACUGCUCACAUGAGCAGUCUAACUGCUAGCCUGGCACAAUGCAACCAAGAGCAACGCUCUCGACGCCUCCAGAGAGUCGUUCAGCGUUGUGCCAUGCGAUGGAAGCAGCAGGCAUUGUGCAAAACAGACAAAGAGCAAGACGUCAGAGGAUUACCUCCUAAAAAGAGUGUGACUUUCUGUUUGCCUGCACCCGGCUCAAGGAACAUGAUGUCACAUAGAGUUACCCACCCGGACUCGGUGGAUCAGGAACCUGAGGACCAAGUGCUGAGCCAACUGGUCCUUAGUCGUGCCUCUAGACUCCAGCCACGACUCUCGAAAGAACUGUUCGACUCUCCAGUUAAAGAGUUGUACCAAACUAGCAACCAAAGCCAGUCAGCUGACAAGAAGGCACCUGGAGGUCACCAACAGCUGUGCCUGCAAUCAACUUCACAAUCACCAGGGCGAAAUCAUCCCCCAGACAAACGACUAACCCCAAUGAGAUCAUGCCUCCAGCCUUUCUCGGCUCCCAUUACCUCCAGACCUUUGGCUGUGACCAAAAGCCCCAUCAUUUCUCCUGUGGCACGCUUUGAAUCUCAGCUGCCCUAUGGGGGUUCCCCCCAUGGGCUACAAUACCAAGAUGUCCUAUUACCUCCUUCCUCUUUUAUGACUGUUAAUACUCAAACCAAGUCAGGAACCACCUAUUGUCCCAAAGACGCUGCACUCCUGGCCCCUGAUCAGUUCAUCCUUCCUCCUAACCCCCACUCUUCAACUUAUUCAGUUGUUUUUCAAGGGGUAUACCUGAAAGCAUCCAGUAAGGAAGUUGAGGCUCAUACUGAAGAAGAGGAGUAUGGCGACGAGCAGGCUGAUCCAACCUUACCUCUUACCAGAGAGCUGCUUAGCAUUCGACAGGACAUGGAGCGUUUCCAACAGGAUAGGAAACAGCUGCAGGCAUGGCAGAGAUUAAAAGAGGUACUAAAGGGAUGGCUACAGUCCAGUGAAGAGGAAGAGCAAAUGGAAAAGAAAACUGUAUGUCAAGAAUUGAAGGAGUUGGAGGAGCGCAUCAGGAGACUGUCAGCCGAUCUGGCGAAGCGGAAGCCCGAAAUGCUCCUGCACACCGAGCGGGUCCAGCGUUUAAAUGCUCUCCUGCGUAAGUCAACGGGUGACGUCCUGAGCGGUCGGACAGGAGACGGGGCAGCUGAUCGCUCGCAGCUCACCACAUAACGGGGACGUUUUCUCUGACGCGACUCGUCUUCCAGAAAAUCAUUCACCUGUCAGUUUUUCUGAAUAGUUAUUCAUUUGUCACAUCUCACUCUUUAAUAUGACCGUGAGGAAGAAAUAUGUGGAGAUUAAGUUCACUGGCUGUGGGUGUCCAGGUAGCGUAGCGGUCUAUUCCGUUGCCUAUCAUCACGGGGAUCGGCGGUUCGAAUCCCCGUGUUACCUCCGGCUUGGUCAGGCAUCACUACUGACACAAUUGGCUGGUGUCUGCAGGUGGGAAGCCAGAUGGUAUGCGUCCCGGUCACUGCACUAGCGCCUCCUCUGGUCGGCCGGGGGCACCUGUUCCGGGGGGGGGGGGGGUAGAGUGAUGUACCCACGCGCUACGUCCCCCUGGUGAAACUCCUCACCGCCAGGGGAAAAGAAGCGGCUGGCAACUCCACCUGUAACGGGAGGAGGCAUGUGGUAGUCUGCAUCCCUCCCCGGGUCGGCAGAGGGGGUGGAGCAGCGACCGGGACAGCUCGGAAGAGUGGGG